AACCACGGCCUACCUAUCUAUACUGUCUGCCCACGUCCAAUUCAAUAUACUGUUCACUGCCCAAUUGCGACCACUGGAGAAACGCAGAAAGAGUCCAAUAAAUGACGAGGUGACUCAGUGGUUGGAGCACGAAUUUCCUGACCAGAAGGUUUAUGGUUCGAACCCGACCUCUGGUUCUCAACUUUCCCUGCCCAGGCUUGAGCAACCUGGCAGUAGCACAGCCCUCGUGCUUCCUUCUGGUGGCAUGGCAAUUAGGAACCUAAAGGGUGCCACAGCUGAACUAUGUGUUGACCCGAACCUGCCAGAUUCGACGGUGACUCAGUGUUUGGAGCACGAAUUUACUGAACAGAAGGUUCAUGGUUCGAACCCGACCUCUGGCUCUCGACUUUCCCUGCCCAGGCUUGAGCAACCUGGCAGUAGCACAGCCCUCGUGCUUCCUUCUGGUGGCAUGGCAAUUAGGAACCUAAAGGGUGCCACAGCUGAACUAUGUGUUGACCCGAACCUGCCACAUUCGACGUUAAUCGAACAGUGGCCAGAAAGAAACCCUAUGAUUAAUACUCCGGUUAUCCUCCCUCAUGUGCUUGGUCACUCGGCUCGUCCAAAGACCACACAGGCUCACUCUAUCCAGUUGGCACCCAAUGAAACAUA